UCCUUGGCUUCGUAAAACUAACGCCACAGUUUACAAGUGAGGAAGACGAAUUUGAUAUAAUUCUCCUGACUUGAAGUUCGGGUCUGGAUAUCGAGAAUGGAGGGUUGGGAUCCGAAUACGAAAUCAACCCUGACACAGAUCCCGCUGUUGACGACGAAAGCCGGGCCGAGAGACGGCGGUGCCUGGACGCAGCGACUUAAGGAGGAGUACAAGGCAUUGAUAGCCUACACGUCCAUGAACAAGUCCAAGGAUAACGAUUGGUUCCGUAUCUCCGCCGCCAAUCCGGAGGGCACGCGCUGGACCGGCAAGUGCUGGUACAUCCACAACCUCCUCAAGUACGAGUUCGACCUCCAAUUCGAUAUCCCAGUCACCUACCCCGCCACCGCUCCCGAACUCGAGUUGCCUCAACUCGACGGCAAGACUGAAAAGAUGUAUCGAGGAGGAAAGAUAUGCUUGACGGUGCAUUUCAAGCCACUGUGGGCGAAGAAUUGCCCGAGAUUUGGUAUAGCACAUGCGCUCUGUUUGGGUCUUGCGCCAUGGCUUGCAGCAGAAAUUCCAAUUCUUGUGGAUUCUGGCAUGAUUAAGCACAAAGAUGAUGUAGUUUCAUCAAGUGGAUCCUGAAAAUUCUUUUUUUUUUUUUUUUUUCUUCUGCUGUGGAUGCUGAUGGUAUCUCUAUAAGCUUUGGGUUAUACUGUUAUGGAGUAAACUAACUCAGACAUUUUUGUUUCAAACUGUACUAUUCAUCCUUGGCUCUAGACCGAUCUUCAAAUUUUGAUUGUGUUAUUAUAUGCAUACCCCAACAGUUGAUAUUCUUCAGCAGAAGCUGUUUCUCUGUACUCCAACUUACUGUGAAAUGCAUAGUUAUCUUAGUUAUGA